AAGUUCUCUUCUUCAGCACAUCCUCCCCCCGGGUGUUCUUGCCCGCGAGCCUCGUCUUCGGCACCGUGCUCAUGAAUAAAGAACUCUGGAGUCGUGUGUGCACACACGCCCAGACACACGCACACACGCACACACACGCUUUUCUCUUGCCCCUUCUCAGCUUUCUGAAGCCUGGGGAAAAUCGGUCCCAGAGGUGUUUCAGUUUUUAUUGUUGUGUGGGUUUUUUUCCUUUUUUUUCUUUUUUUAAACAUUCAAAAGAAAUUAAUGAUCAGACCUAGGAAAAAGCACCCCGAAUAGAAACAAAACUUUUGAAUGCUGGAUUCAAAAAAAAAAAAAGUUAUCUGGACAGCUUCUUUGAGACUAUUUAAAAACUGGUACCAAAAGUCUCUACAACGCCGAGAUCUAACUAAGCUUUAAAAGGUCAAGAAGUUUUAUGGCUGACAAAGACUUGCACCAGCGCAGAUGGCCUUUCCCACGUUAAGCUUCUGGGGAUUUGGAAUUUUACCCCCAUUCUCUUCCGUUUGCCUGAGUUGCAUCUCUCUGCGAGCAAGGGCUGAAAUGAUUUUGUUUUGUUGUUUUGGGGGAGAGAAGCGGAGUGGGGUUGCGAGUUGGCGGGCGGCUCUUACAUAAGGCAUGUUUUACUAGGCCAGGUUGCAUGGUUAUUUUCUCCUCUUUGGGGAGGUCAGCCUUUGUUGUUUUUUUGUUUGGAUAUGGAAUGGGAAUAUGGAUGGCCCCAUGAAGUGUACUUAUUCUCACAACAUUAAUUUUUCAACAAUGGAGAGGUGGAUGUGACCAGCAACAGGCUUUUUUAUUUCUUUCUCUUCUUGCUCUACUCAGAGAAAACCAAAAAGUGCCCCUCUCAUCAGCAGACCUUGGUAAUAAGUGCAUCUAGCUGGUUUGCAGACCUUUGUUUUUGCUUUUUAAAAAUUGGCUGUUAGUUGCAUUUUUUGAGACGGUCACUAAGAAUCAUGCCCUGAUGCUACCCCCAAACCCGUGACAUUGGGGACCCUCUGGUUGCUGAAACUGCCUUAUGUAACAGUUGAGCUCCCUGAAGGGGGUUUGACAGAACCCACUUUAUGCCAAGUUCUGCCCAGCGCUGUUCCUGCAACAUUGUGGGAUAGCUGGGAGUAUGGCCACCCUGCUCCACGAUGCGGUAAUGAAUCCAGCAGAAGUCGUGAAGCAGCGCAUGCAGAUGUACAACUCACAGCACCGCUCAGCCCUCAGCUGCAUCCUGACGGUGUGGAGGACCGAGGGGUUGGGGGCCUUCUACCGGAGUUACACCACGCAGCUGACCAUGAACAUUCCCUUCCAGUCCAUCCACUUCAUCACCUACGAGUUCCUGCAGGAGCAGGUCAACCCUCACCGGGGCUACAACCCGCAGUCCCACAUUAUCUCAGGUGGGCUGGCCGGGGCCCUCGCCGCGGCCGCCACCACCCCCCUGGACGUCUGCAAGACCCUCCUCAACACUCAGGAGAACAUGGCUCUCUCCCUGGCCAACAUCAGUGGCCGGCUGUCAGGCAUGGCCAAUGCUUUCCGGACGGUGUACCAGCUCAAUGGCCUGUCCGGCUACUUCAAAGGCAUCCAGGCAAGAGUCAUCUACCAGAUGCCCUCCACAGCCAUCUCCUGGUCUGUCUAUGAGUUCUUCAAGUACUUCCUCACCAAGCGCCAGCUGGAGAACCGAACUCUAUACUAAAGGAACAGGCAUGGGAAGUGGUUCCUGAAUCUUUUAUUUUCAGAAGGCUUCCUCCAUCCCCUUACUCUGAAACCCACAGGAUUGCUUGCAGGUGCUCCUGUGGGCUAUCUGCUCCCUGAGGCCUUAGAAAGAGAGCAGGGCGGGACAGCCGCUUACCAGAAGGCCGUCCAUGGGGACAUCCCAGGUGGUGGUGGACAAGAAAGACUUUGCAAGGGGAGUGAGCGAUUACUCUUCCCCUGGGAGGAAUGUAGCUUUCCUUCUUCACUGUGGCAGUCUCCUGCCUUGAUCCUUAGAUCACACGGUGAGGAAGAAAAUACGCAGUGACUGAGAUCAUUAAAGAAAAAAACAUUUUAUGUAUAUAAAAGUUCCAUUAACAGUAUAAAAUAGAUGGAUAAUGUUUAUCCUUUAUUUUUCUAUGUAGAAGUUUUUGAAUUUGUGUGUGUGCUUGUGUGUGUCUACACAUAGUAUUACAGCUGGGAAUAUCAAGCUGUUUUUUUUUUUUUAAAUAAUAAGAGGGCUGAGUUCUUCCAUCCGGUUAAGUAAAAUGGCACCAAAGUAAUAAAUUGCUGAAUAUGGCCUAAAACUGUGUUUAGCACACCCAGAUGGAAGUUUCACUUGAAUGUAAAGUAAUAAAUAUUAAGUUUAUAUUUUGAAUUUCUUUUUUUGUGGGGGAGAAAAAGGUACUUUUGAAAAAUCAAAAUAAUGAUAUAUUAAUUGCAGCUACAUUUUUUUUUUUUUUUUUUCCUAAUUCAGUCACUUUCAUGUGCCUUUUCCCUGUGUCUUUCCUAAAAAUUCCAGGACCAAAGGUCUGGCCCUGGCACUUUUUCUCCUGCUGUGUACACACAUGCACACGUGCGGGGUGGCAGGGUCUCUUACACUGUGGGAAGGUGGGCCCCAGUAGAAUGAGGAUGUCUAGUCUUUAACCUACUGAGACUGUUUCCUCUCCUUGUGAGUGAUGUGAAUAUCUGCCUCCCUGGGUCAGCACUUAGAAGCCCUUAACAUGCCAACAUUUGGCUACUUGUUGGCAGGCAGUUGGGAUAAAUGCUACUUUUAUCCUAGGAGCUAUUUCUGCAUCAACCUUUUAACUCAGGCACUUCAGGUAACUUGGUCUAUGUGUGUUUUGACUUAAUCUCCUCCUGUUUCACUCUGCAGUCUAGGGAUUUUUAAAAACACAGCAAGCAUGUCUCAAGCAUUUGUCUAUCCCCCUGUUCUGUCCCGGCCAUUCAUUGUCCUGUCACAGCCUCUCCCGGCAUAGCAUCAGAAGCUAGGCCCUCCAGCCAGGGCCCCACUGCUGAAACCUGACCUGGACCCUCAUACCUGACUGAGCCAGAGGAUGCCUCUCUGGAGCCACCUGAGAACACGAGACCUCUUGCUUUCUGCAGUGGUUCCUACGGAGUCAGAGUAUCGCUAAAAGAGAAUACAAGCCUGUUUCCUGUAGCUACUCCAUUUGAUGUGCUGCCAGACCGUUAUCCAAGGGAAGGCUGAAUGGCUUCACCAUUCCCUUUUUUGAGCCCCUCCCUUGAACCUGUCUUUGAAAACGGGCAGAAAGAACAUGUAUGUUUUCAUUUUGGUGGGCCUGGUCCUAACCUGCCGCCACAGGCCAUGGCCCAUGUGUGCUUCUCAGCUAUCUCAGCCCGAGAGUCAGGCCUGGGCUCCUUUGGAUGCUAUUACGCCUGAGUUUUUGUCUUAAUAACUAUGAGCAGUUUUAUAAAACAAUUGACUUCCUUUUUCAGAUCAAGGAUAGGAGAGAGCUACGUUGGGUACCUCCCACGUGGGCCCCAUGAGCAGGGCCUUGCUGAUGGCCUGUCCCACCUUAGAGUUAAAACCUCCCACCCCCUCCCCUUACCACCCCACCCCACCCCCCACGGAAACCAGUUAUAGUAACCUUCUGGCCCACACGAGGGUACAGAAAGUCCGCAGAGACUAUGCUGCUGCUGGAAAUGUUUACAUCUGCUCUCUAAACCUGCCUUGGGUUAGUGUUGGAUAGUUUCAAAUUCUGCUAACGGAGGAAAGAUAUCAAAUUCUAAAUGCUAAAGUAGAAUUUAAAUCAAAUUCUAAAAACAUUACCCUACCCCUGCCCCUUUUGUCCACUUAAGAUUAUGCCAGACUGCUGCAAAAUAUUCCUAAUUUUCUGUAGAUUUCUGUUUUUUGGUGGCAUUUAGAAAAGAAACUAUUGACGUUGCUGGGAAAGCUCCUUUGGGUAAGGGGUUGUAAGAAGGAGAAAUAGGUACUGGAUUUCAGAGCCCCGUGGGUGUGGAGUGGGAGCCCUCUUGGCGUGGUGAUGGAUGGUGGGGCUGGUAGCUGCCUAUCCUGCAGUCCGGAGGUCGAGUGAGUGAUGUAGGGCAAAAGCUUUGAAAGUGGGGAGCAGUAAACAGAUGUGUUUGUUAAUUUUGUGGGAAUUGUUGCCCAUGCAAACUGCAGUCUGGUUUUUGAUUGUGACUGACAUUGCAAAGUGCUGAAUAGGAAAAUGUCUUCCCACCUCCUCCCCAGUGACCGACUUAAUGAACCAUGGCACAUCUUGGUCAUUAGUGUCUUUGGAGUGACAUCUACAGCCAGGGCAAUGUCUCUUGAGCGCAGUACUCAUACUUUAACAUGGAGUGUGUGUGAGCUCUUCUGCUGAAACUGAUUUGAGGUUCAACCACUUGUAGAUCUGUUGUACUUUUUUAUUUUAGAAUAAAAAAUAGAUUUUUCUCAAAUGGGAUACAUCUUCAAUUCAUGACUAUUUUUUCUUAACUCUGGAUUGAAUCUAGCAAUUUAUUGGCUUGUGUGUAGUUCGUGUUUUUCUCUUUUCUAUCUUUCUUUUCUUUUGUUUUUUAAUGCUAAUGUCUUAUUUGCUAAGUGCCAGCCUCCAAAAUCCCCCUAAGGCUACAUCUCCAACACAUUGUUAUGCUUAUAAGGUUUUAUUUAACUUUAUUUAAGGAUGAUUGUGUCUGUGAAAUACAAAUGUACUGCUGCUUCCCACCUGCAAGACGCACAAUGUAUAAUGGUGAGCAAGUGUUGUUUCUUACAUUUCUUAAAUGCCUGUAGUAAAUAUUGUUUCCGCCUCUCAAUUGUUGCCAGCUCUUUGAAGAAGGGGAGAAAUGUUUGUUUGCGUGUGGGAAUAUUUCUGAUAUGCUGCUACAGUUGUAACACUGGAGCUAGAG